AUGCAGCAGCUGAAGAGAGUGUAUACCACUUCUACAGCAGGUGCUGAGGGAUCAAAGACACUAAUUAGAGGUAACUGUGAGAUGGCUGGUAAAGUUUUAAAUGCCUUAUUUGAUUCAGGAGCAAGACAUUCGUUUAUUGCAUUUGAGAAGGCUGAUGAGUUAGGGUUGAAAAUAGUGGUAUUGGGGUAUGAUUUAAAGGUGUAUAAUGCUACCCAUGAAGCUAUGGUGACUAGGUUAGGAUGUCCACAAGUUCCGUUUCAAGUACAACAACGUGAAUUCGUGCAUGAUAUGAUUUGUCUGCCGAUGACUGGUCUUGAUCUCAUUUUGGGACUAGAUUGGUUGUCCAAGGAUCAUGUCCUGCUUGAUUGUUCUGCGAAAUCAGUGUGUUUUAUGCUGGAGGAUACGAACGGGCCGGUUGUAGCGAAUAUCUAUUAUUUGAAUUCUAUGAUAGUGAAUUGUUUUGGAAUUGAAUGCUAG